UGCUGUGCCCGCCGCCCUGAAGCCCUCGGGGGGCUCAGCAUCCUGAUCCCGGCUGAGCGGUCCCCAGGCCGCAUCCGCUCGCGAAGGGCCGAGCUCUCCCCUCUCCCGGCGACCCGGACUGACGGUCCGUGAGGAGCCGGCAUGGAACCCCACCCGGUGGCCGCGGGAGACUCGGAGACCACUCGCCUGGUGAAGCCCGGGGCUCACAGCUGCGCCGGCAGCCUCCGUCUCAAGAGUCUCUUCACAGAGCCUUCAAAGUCCCCCCCGGAAGAACAAGAACCUCUGGAGCAACCUAGGUUCCAUCACUGCCACAUAGACUCUGUUCCUCGGUCUGGCCUUAGCCCUGAGCAGCUGCAGGCCCAGAAGCAACUGUCUGCUGCCUGUGCUGUCUGUUUCCUCUUCAUGGCAGGGGAGAUUGUGGGUGGAUAUUUAGCCCACAGCCUCGCCAUCAUGACCGAUGCCGUCCACCUGCUGGCAGAUGUGGGCAGCAUGGCAGGCAGUCUCUUUUCUCUCUGGCUCUCUACCCGCCCAGCAACCCGAACCAUGACCUUUGGCUGGCACCGCUCAGAAACCUUGGGGGCUUUAGCGUCUGUGCUGUCCCUCUGGAUUGUCACUGCUGUCUUGCUCUAUCUGGCCUUUGUGCGUCUCCUGAACAGUGACUACCACAUCGAGGGAGAUGCCAUGUUGAUCACCGCAGGCAUUGCCGUCUGUGCCAAUCUGUUAAUGGCUUUUGUGCUGCACCAGGCCUCUCCCGGACAUAGCCAUGGGUCCAAGGGAACCGAGUAUGCUCCACUCGAGGAAGGGCAAAGGGGCUCUCUGAAUCUCUACAAUACCAGCGUACGGGCAGCCUUUGUUCAUGUUCUGGGGGACUUACUUCAAAGUUUUGGGGUUCUGGCUGCAUCCAUCCUCAUUUACUUCAAGCCCCAGUAUAAAGCAGCUGACCCUAUCAGCACCUUCCUGUUUUCCAUCUGUGCUCUGGGUUCCACUGCUCCCACCCUCCGGGAUGUUCUUCGGAUCCUCAUGGAAGGUACUCCCUAUGGCAUCUACUACGAACCAGUUCGGGACCUGCUCCUGUCAGUACCAGGAGUCCGGGCAAUUCAUGAACUGCACCUGUGGGCCCUGACUCUCACCUACCAUGCUAUUUCUGUCCACCUGGCCAUUGAUGCCACUGCGGACCCCGAGGCUGUCCGGGCUGAAGCCGCCUCUCUGCUCCAAACCCGCUUUGGAUUCUGUUCCAUAACACUCCAGGUGGAGCGGUACCAACCUGAUAUGGCUCAGUGCCCAAACUGCCAGGAACCCCCCCAGGCCUGAGCAUUUCAGGCUCCUCCACCUGUCUUUCCUCCUCUGCCCAGGGACCUCCUUGACUCCCUUCACCACCAUCUCCUCACCAGGCUGCCAGGCCCAGAUUCAGAACUGGUCUCUUCAUUGGCUAGGUCCCUUUGGGGGGAGAGGGAGGCUUGGGCUAUGUGCCCAAGUCUGAAAACCUGAUUUCUCUGCCCGGGCAGAAUGACCAAGGACGGGUCAAUAACCCUCCCUUCCCCAACAACCUCAACUCUGAGCCCCACUCCUACCUCCAAGCCUUGCAGCCCCAGUGGGCAUGACCAAAACAGGGGGGUACGCUACUGGGUAUGACCAAAUUCAGAGGGAAAGCUCUCGGAUCAAAGUGCAGCCAAAAUGAGGAGGGGAGAAGGCUGCUGGGAGUCACACGAUCUUCCCUCCCCGUUCCUCCAAGGACUCCACAUAACCUCAUAUCUGUGUACCUCCUUCAUGUGUUGUGGCUGGCUCUGCUGUCGUGUGGUUGUGUUCUCGGUGUCUGUCUGCCUGCUGUGCCCCUGUCUGCGUGUAGCCCUCUUCAGUGCUGCUCUCUGGGCAUCCAUGGGUCCCUCAGUCUGCACUCUGUCACAGCCUGUGGCUUGUCCGUGUAUUGGUGCUGUGUUGUGUCCGUCUGUGCGGCCUCUGUGAGCCGACACCAGCUCUUUCUGUGUCCGUGUCCUGUCUGUUCCUCUAUUGGUGCUGUGCUCUCACUCUGCCCAGGGCAGGGGGAGACACCACAGCAGCUUUGGGCCAAUAAAGGAAUGCCAAACCGUG